AUGUUAUCCUGAUGAAAAAGAGUGAGCAAAGUGUUUUCGAUAAGGUUAAAUUGUUCAGUCUCGAGACUAUUAUUAAGCCGAUGAUUAUUGUCACAACAACAUUAACUUAUAUUCUGAUGAUCAUUUGAUUAUCAUUUCUGUUUGGACUUAAUCAAUUUCACCUUUAACUUUGUAUAUCAUUAACAUGAUAACAAUUGAGUGUUAACUGAAUAAAAGUGAUCUCUUUAUCCUGAUCACUAUUUAUCUGUGAAUACAAUCAUUAAACUGCCAUUGGAUUAACUAUCAACCAAUUAAAAGUAAACUUUAUUAAUAAAGAUAAAGUUUUUCUUUUCCAAUUGAUUUUUUUCUUCUUCAUAUUAUCAACUAUAAUUAACUACAAUUAACUGUCUAUGUUCAUCUCUAAUUGAAAGCAUCUCAAUAAUGAGGAACGAGCAACAUUUUCUUGUAUUAGCAAAACAAUCAGUAAAUUGUUUCCACAACUAUUUUCAAUCAAUUAACUAUCGACCAAAAUGAAUAAAAACAUUAAGUCUUAUCAUCAUCAUAAUCAACUUGAAUUUCAACAAUACAAAUUACAGCAACAUGAUAUGUUCAACAAAGACAAUUAUCAUUACAAUCUUAAUGAUAAUUUACUCAUUCACAUCGGAUCAAGUUAAUUGUUUGUGCCCAGUGAAAUGUACUUGUAUUGAUGAAAAGUUAUCAGUUGAUUGUAAGGAGGCAUCGCUUGAUAUAAUACCAUUUACAUUGAAUCCAGGGAUUCGUGAGCUAUUCCUGUCAUUUAAUCAAAUUAAAACAAUCAAGGAAUCGUUCACUUACUACACUAAAUUGUCACUUCUCGAUUUAUCCUCCAACCAAAUCUCAUCUUUACACCGGAAACACUUUAAUAGACAGAAAAAUCUUCAAUUGUUAAUCUUAUCAUCAAAUCGAUUGUCACAUUUAACUAAUGAAUCGUUCGAAGGCCUUGAAUCAUUAAGGCUUCUUAAUUUAGCCGAUAAUCAGUUGACAAUUUUGGCUCCUCGUGUUUUCACUGGAUUAACACACUUGGAGAGACUUGAUCUCUCUCGAAACACAAUUAACCAAAUCAACGACGAAGCAUUUUAUGGACUCAAUGAGCUAAAAUGGUUAAGCUUACGAUCUAAUAGAUUAUCAACAAUCCCCUCGGUCUCUCUUUACUUGGUUCCAAGUUUAGCGACCCUUGACCUCGGUCACAAUAGUUUAAUUAACUUAACUGACCACGGGUUCGCCUCACUUGCUCGUCUAAUUGAUUUACGUCUUGAUUCCUGUUCAAUUGUUACAAUUUCACCUUCAUGGGCUCAUGGUAUGGUUAACUUGAAGAGAUUACAACUAGAUGGAAAUAAUUUACAAUCAAUUGAAUCAAACAUCUUUAAUGAUAUAAACUCAUUAGAGGAAUUAAUUAUUGGUGCAAAUAAAUUUACUACAAUUGAUUCAUUAACUUUCCACUCGCUGGGAAACAGCCUUAUAACCCUUGAUAUAAGAAAUGCAAGGGACUUAAUUAACUUCCAUCCAAAAUCUUUAUUAGGAUUAAUCAGAUUGACACAAUUGACAAUCGAAUAUUGUCCUAAAUUGACAACAUUACCUAGUGAAUUAUUGAAAGAAUCAAGUGAUUCAUUGAGGGAAUUAAGACUUCGAGGUAAUGGAUUAACACAUUUACCUUAUUCACUAUUAACAAGUUGGUCGUCGUUAACAGUAUUCGAUAUCCGUGAUAAUCAAUGGAAUUGUAAUUGUUCAAUUCUCUGGCUUUGGAAGUAUUUAAGGAAAACAAUUAAUCAUAAUAAGAUUGAUGGUAGAAACAAUUUAUCAUCAUCAACAACAUCAUUUAGUGAUUUAAUUUGCUCUUCACCUACAAACUUAAAAGGUAAACUAUUGUCAUCAUUGUCAAUUGAUGAAAUCGAUUGUUAUAAUCCUCACUCAACAAUUGGAACUCUAAUUGUGGGCUCACUAAUAAUUGGCCUUAUAAUGAUAAUUACGAUAACUUUAUUGUUUCUUUGGUGUCGAACUCGUCUUCCUUUAAUAUUAUUGAGACACAAAAAGUUCACCAACAAUUUGACUGAAGAGUUUGUCUAUGAGAAGGGUCGAUUCAUUGAGAGCCAAGUCAUGUUCCCCCCAUCAUCUUCAUCUUCAUCUUCAUCAUCACCUUAUCAUCCUCACCUUCAACAGUAUCAACAUCACCAUCAUCAUCAACAAUCACAUCAAUCUCAUCUCUCUCAUCUUCGCCAUCAUCCUCAUCAUCUCCACGCCCAACAGCAACAUUAUCAUUCAACAUCAUCACCUUAUCAUCAUUCAAAUCAUCCAUCUUCCAGUCUCAUUAUUAUACAAUCACCAUCAAAAAUGGGUCCCAUAAGCCAAGUGUAAGACUAAGACAAUGACAGUUAUCAUCCUCAUCUUUUCAUCAUGAAAAAAACUGAAUCUUUUUUUCAUGCUAAAAAAGUUGUGUCGUUUUUGUACCUUCAAGAUUUAGCAAUGAAUGAAAGUUAAUUGCUUGUAAAUCAGAGCAAAUCAAUGGCCAAAUCAUUUGCAAAUCUAAUUGUGUUAAUAAUCAUUUUUGGUACAAAUUAAUUUUCUUAUUUCAAGACCUGUAAAAGGAAAGAUAAUAAGUGGAUGCGGAUUAAAAGAUUAAAAGGAUUAAAGAAUUGAUUGUGAUGAUUUAAUAGUAAUCAUCUUAAUCUAAACUAUGCAAAGAAAUUGAAACCGGAAACAGUUACUGAUAUUUACUGAAAAAUAACAAAAAAUGUAAAGAUAAUAUUUUAUCUUAAAUCAAUAACUUAUUGAUUAUAAUCAAUUGGCAGGGUAUAAAUACAAGUUACACAACUAAUGGUGAAAGUAAAAGUUUAUUAAUUGUAAAUAAUUAACGAUAAUCAACAAUUGAUUGUAUUUAUUAUCGUUCAAAGUAACAUGAUAAACAAGAACAGUAAAAACAAACCAACUUUUGUAAUAAAAGCAUCAAUUAAAUUACAAUUAAAACUCCAAAGGAAAAAAACUCGACAACAAAUCAUUAAGUCCCAUUAAUCAUUAUAAUUUGAUAAUAAAUAAUUCUGAGGUGAAAACUUGAUAGAGAGAGAGAGAAAGAAUCGUUAAUAUUUGAUCAUGAUAACCAUCAAUAUAUCCACAUGAUUAUCUAUUGAAUUAAUGGUUAUCGAUGAAAAAGCAAAGAUGUAAAUGAUAAUCAGGAUAAAAAGUAAUAACCAACUGAAUCAAUGGAAUAACAUUUCCGGUUAUCAUGAGAAUUUAUCUCAUUCGAAUCCAGAACUUUUCCAUGUUGAUGAUAAUCUACCAAUAGAGUGAAAAGGUAAGUCCA